CCCCCCUAAUCACGUGCUUCACUUUCACUUUCGCGUAUGAUAUGCAAGGUCUAUCCCAUUCAACAUGGGUUACCCAGCAACCAGGCACUGUUUGUAAGCUUUGCCGCCCUCCGCCAUGUGCACUGAUAUAAAUAAUCACCCCAGGCGUUUCUUAUUCUUUCGACCUACAGCUGCCACCUCCUAUCAUCAACGGGUAUCAACAAAUGCACAAGAUCAUGAGCGAGCCCGCUGGUAUUCCAGACAGCAGUGUGCAGCCUAGUAUGCACCCGCAAGGUUUCCGUCUGCUCGAUCUACCUGGAGAACUGCGCAACAAGAUCUACAGCUCUUGCACCGAGAAUCACGUCGUUGAUCUGGACAAAACGUCCUUGAAAAGAUAUACCUUCCUCGGCCUCACUCAAACCUGCUCCCAGAUUCGAACCGAGUUCCGUCAGUUAUACAUGGCCCAGACUUCUAUACACACUUGCAUGGCGUGGCAUUCCAAUGAAGUACACUUCUGGCCCCCGAAACGCUUCAUCCAAACCUUCUAUGCCCUAGCGGAGCCGCAGGUCAUGGAAACCUAUCGUGGUGACCUCAAACUCACGGUAUAUCGGGUUUACGGCGGCCAAUUAAUCCAUGUGAACAAUGCGAUUCAGUUAAUCAUAGUGGCCCCAUGUAUGCAACUCAGAUUUGCUUACGACGAAACAUUUGCGUUGGUAUAUCACGCUAUCAACCAGCUCAACGACCAGCUCAAUGCUACAGCUGACCAAAAAAACACCGUUUGGCGAAACAUUGUCGCCACCUCGAUUCGAUCUAUCCGCAUCUUAUUUUUCAGACUCGAAACUGCACUGAUCUUUGAGACGGAUGAAAAGACAGCACGUGAAGCUCAAGCAUGGUGGGCCGAGGGGGAGCUUCCUAUAAUGGAUUCUCUCAGGGUCUUAUUCAUUUGGGAGAGCAUAGGCAGUAGUAGUCAAAGUGUAUCCUUGAAACGGCAUGCAUUCGAGUAACUCUCUAGAUCAAUAUUCCUGUCACCAAAGGAUGGUUGAUCGGCACACAAAGCUCGAAUAUUGAACACAGAUAAGACCACCCCACCAGGACUUUAUACGGUAGUUGCUAGGGUACAUUAUAUUGGAUUAUUAUAUGUAAUGUCAAGGUAUGGUUUUUUCCACACGUAGACUUUGAUCUCAAUAUUGCAUGUAAGUUUUCGUGUUGUAGCCAUCAAGUCCAUUGCUGGUGUAUUCAGUUAGACUCUCAUGCUUGAUACAGGCCCCUGAAUUAAGUUGCUAGAGUGAUUUUUAAUAGAUUCUUGGAUGUAAUGACAGGGCAUUGUCGUCGCUACGCAUAGAGUUUGAGAUUAACUUUGAAUAGACUUUUAGGUACUUUAGCCACUAAGUCUUCUAUUGGCCUAUCC